AUGUCAGCUACCAGCAUAAGAAUUUUUGCGGCUGGAUUAGCCCUGCUGCCUCUCAUCCAGGCACAACAGCCGGCCACAACAGACCCUGAAAAUCCUGCUCUCACUACCUGGAAAUGCUCCACGGCUGGGGGGGUGUGGGAACAGGAUACCUCGGUCGUUUUGGACUGGGGAUACCACUGGAUCCAUACUGCUGGCGGCUACGAAUCUUGUACGACCUCCUCCGGUGUCAACACAACCCUCUGCCCCGACGAAGCGACUUGUGCCACGAAUUGUGUUAUCGAGGCGGCCAAUUAUACCUCCGCUGGUGUAUCGGUUUCCGGAGACUCCCUGACAAUGCACCAAUACGUUGAGAGCGAUGGUGUGUACAGCAAUGCCUCUCCACGGCUCUACCUGCUCGGAACGGACGGAAACUACGUGAUGCUGCAACUCCUUGGUGGUGAGCUCAGCUUCGACGUUGAUAUGUCUACUCUACCGUGUGGUGAGAAUGGUGCCCUUUACCUGUCUGAGAUGAGUGCCACCGGUGGAAGGAAUGAAUACAAUACGGGUGGUGCCGAGUAUGGCUCGGGAUACUGCGACGCACAGUGUCCAGUCCAGAGUUGGAGGAACGGCACGCUGAACUCCAGCAACCAGGGCUACUGCUGCAAUGAAAUGGAUAUCCUUGAGGCCAACUCUAUGGCCAAUGCGUAUACCCCCCAUCCCUGCAGCUCGACAGAUUGUGACAAGGGCGGCUGUGGCUUUAACCCCUACGCACAGGGUGUGACCAAUUACUGGGGGCCGGGCGAUACCGUGGACACCUCUAAACCCUUCACUAUCACUACCCAGUUCAUCACAGACGACGGCACCAAGACCGGCACACUGACUGAGAUUCGAAGACAAUAUAUCCAGAACGGCAAGAUUAUUGCGAACGCAAAGUCAUCAUCCGGUCUUGAUUCUAUCACACAAUCAUGGUGCGAGUCGUCUGAUGGCUCUGCGGCGACAUUUGGUGGCUUGACCACUAUGGGCCAGGCCCUUGGUCGUGGAAUGGUCUUAAUUUUCAGCAUCUGGAAUGACGGAAGCCAGUACAUGAAUUGGCUUGACAGUGGAAGUAACGGUCCGUGCAGCAGUACCGCAGGCAACCCAGACACAAUUCUUGCCCAGAAUCCUACCACUCACGUCGUCUUUUCCAACAUACGCUGGGGAGAUAUCGAUUCGACCUACACCAACCCUGAUGGGUCCGGCUCGGUCACUACUACCUCUAGCUCAACGUCCAUCGUGACCACCACGACUACCAAGAUCACCACGACCAAGGCCACGAUGACAACCACAACCACCACCGCCGUAGGGGCAACUCAAACUCACUGGGGUCAGUGUGGAGGUCAGGGAUGGACCGGCCCGACAGCUUGUGUUUCGGGAACCACCUGCCAGGUGCAGAAUGAUUAUUACUCGCAGUGCUUGUAG